AUGAACACGUCUGGGAUUUACGAGAACGAGCGCGGCCAGGGCAUGUCCCAUGCUACGGGCCCUUCAAAGAUUCCUGAGGGUAUUGCACGACACGUUCCCAAAGGUCUUGAGGAAGCUCUGCCUGAUUCUAUCCACCCAACCGGUACCUUUCCUGGCCAAUCUACCGAUAAAUCACAUGCCAAAGAUAGUGGUGAUGCUUCCAAGGUCCCCCAAAAGCUCCAGGAGAAAUUGCCAGAGAGUUUUGAGAGAGCGGCCCCAAAUGCCAUUCAUGAUACUGGCGACACCAGUGGUGUGCAUCGCAAACAUUGA